AAUUUAGUGAACUCAGAAGUCAUACUACUAGACAUUCCGUUAAAUAAUUCCGAGGCAACAGGACUGGGCGUCAGUGUCAAAGGAAAGUCUAUUUCGACCCCCCAGGGCACUAAAGAUUUGGGAAUAUUUAUCAAAUCAGUGAUGCCUGGGGGUGCUGCAUUUAAGGAUGGCCGUUUGAUCAUGAACGAUCAACUAUUAGAAAUAAAUGGUGAAAAAUUAGUGGGUUUAACCAACAUUAAAGCUAUGGAAAAAUUGCGUAAUGCGAUGCAAAGUGAGGGACCCAUACCUGGACAUACAUUCCUUUCAGUGGCCAGAAAAAUUGGCGCUCCCUCA